UGCCAUAGCAACAAGUUUACAGCAAAGCCAGCAGCUGCCCUUCUUUCUGUUUCACUUGAGAACCGGUGGAAACUCGAAUUUUUCUAAUUUAUGGUCAUUGCUUAUUCCUGAAAAAGAAAUUUGAAUGAAGAUUCUAAUGAAAAUUUCCAACAAUGGACCAGGAAAAUGAGGACUUUCCCAGUUUUACUUGUAUAUGUGAGCUCUGCGACUGUGGGAAACAUAAGCGACACCGGGGGUGCAGAAGGUUGAAUGGAAACGUGCAGAUUGGCUGGGGAUUUGACAACCAGCUGAUUAGUGACUACAAGUGCAGCUUCGCCUGGCCCCAUGAUGUCCACUGUUGUACCAAGCCUCUGUUGUCACAGAAUGUUGCGAAAGGGAUUCCAGCAUCCACGAAAGGGACGGAUACAACAACAGUAAAGUGGCCUGUGACUCCAAAGGAGGAACCACCUCAUCGAAGACUGAAAGUCAACGCUUGUGGUGAUAACUGUCACUGUCACACAAAAUCGUUUCCUAGGAUAGGAGAACUUUCCGCUGUAGUAGGCUCAUUACUUUAUCCAGACAAAAGAGAGAAGAUGCAAACGACAUCGCGGAGAGAAUUCGUCCAAAAAAGUGGAGAAAGGCAAGAGCAGAAGCAGAUGCCUGUGAGUCUUAAACUUGAAGGAGAGAGACAGUUUGUGACAACGCACCAGGAGGAAUACAAACCCUACCCGCACGUGGAGCCUGCCGCAGUGCGGGAGCGUAGAGCAGCGACGAGAGCAGAGCCCGUGCCGGCUCCUAUGGAGCAUCUUACCAAGUACAGAUGCGAUUUCCGCCAGAAAGACUGCAAACCCCAAAGGAGGUCACCAGCCAUGCAGCAUCCUGACAACCUUGGCAUCAAUCUAGCACUGAGGAGUGAUUUCAGGACAGUACAAAUGGAUUCUUACCCUGGCUGGGAUGCCUCUGAACACCUCAGACCUGAGCCAGCCAAACUCAAAGAAGAACUGGUGGUUAAUGGCGAUGCAGAGUUCCAGGGUGACACAGUUACCAAGUUGGAUUUUCAGCGCCUCCCACUGAUAACUGCCCGUCAGCAGCCUGCUAAAGCCUGGGGGUCCAACCUAGACCUCCUGCAGGGACCCUUCAAUGGCCAGACAUCCAACAGGGACUUCUUCAAAGACUGGGGUGUGAAAACGCGAGUGCGUCAUGGCGACCUCUACGACACGGGUCACAUGAAGCCUGUGGGAAAGUUUGAGAGUGAUACAACAAACUUACUGACAUUUGUGCCAAAGAGGGCAGAAAGGGCGACUAUCUGCAAGCCGCUGGAGACGGCAGCCGUCCAGGGAGAGCAGGAUUUCAGCACCGUACAUCAAGAGGCUUAUCGGCCAAUCAGCCUUCCAGUGUGUCGGCUUCGUCGAUACCUUCAGAAUCAUCCCACCAUGGAGAACGAUGAGAAACUGGCAUUGCGGCCAUAGGGUCGCCCUCGCGCUCCUGGUCCCGCAGCAUGCGGUCCAGGUCCUCGUCGUCGAUGUGCCGUGCCAGUGGUUUCUCCACCUCCUUCAGUGCAUCCUGCACAUUCUGCUGCUGCAUUUGGCCC